AUGGGAGACACGGAGGUGGACUUCUGGACGCCAACCAUCGAGGCAUUCCAACCACUGCAGCUAAGCGGUCCGGAGAUCACGCCGAAGCUUCUAAAGCGACCACCGUUUCGCUUCAUUGCCGACAUAGUGACAGCCAUCAACGUUCGCUUUGCCGCGUACGACCACAUUUUUUCUCCAGAUCAGCUUGACGUGACAAAGAUCGACAGCAAGGAAAAGAAGAUCAAGUACCUCACGACGCUGGUUGAAUAUGUGGGAUCACUUCUUGGAAGGAAAAUUGAUGUAAGUGUGAAGAAGAUUGUUUCGGGGAGUGAACCGGAAAAAACUAAUGUGUUCCUGAAGUGCCUUGCGCUGGCAGUGGGAUACGCGCAGCAGGAUAAAACACGAAAGGCUCAAACCCCAAUGCCUGCAACUCAGGAGCCGCCAAGGCUGGUGACUACGCCAAAAGUCUCAACACCAGUCACGGGCACCCCUUCUUGCUCUGAGAUGCCGAGACGCAUCCCUAACUCUGCGGAAAAAUUGCUGAAGAAGGAAGCUGUGAUGCGUGAGGCUACGGAAUUCUUUAACAAAGUGAAUGACUACGGGUACCUUAAACUGAACCAGGAGCAGUCUAUUAAGGAGGUUGGCCAAAGCAUUGUAGACAUGUAUAAUGAGCUGAAACACGACACUAGCCAGUCUGAGACAUCUUCUCUGCCAUUAGAUGCUCUUGAAAGGGCCAUUGCACGUCAGUUAGACGUUAUUCAACAGGUGUCUGCUCUGCAAGUGGAAAAUGAUGUGGUCGUGGAAAAGCUUGAGGUGUUGCUCUCUUCCUGA